AUGAUUGAAGACAAAUACAUUGGCCUGGCGCUUGCCAUGUCGUCAGCACUGGCUAUUGGCACAAGUUUCGUUAUUACGAAAAAGGGUUUGAUGCAAGCUGAGGAAAGACAUGGGUUCGAGGGCGAUGGAUUUGUCUAUUUGAAAAGCCCAUUAUGGUGGGCUGGUAUUGCAACUCUUGGCAUCGGAGAAGUUUGCAACUUCGCUGCUUACGCCUUUGCCCCCGCGAUCCUCGUUACACCCCUCGGAGCCCUGAGUGUCCUUAUCGGUGCCGUGUUGGGAUCCUAUUUCUUGAAGGAGGAGCUUGGAACCCUGGGCAAGCUGGGUAGUGCCAUCUGCCUCAUCGGAGCUGUAGUCAUUGUCCUUCAUGCUCCUCCUGACGAGGAAAUUGAAACUAUUGAUCAGAUUCUGCAUUAUGCGAUUCGCCCUGGCUUCCUUUUGUAUGCUAUUGCCGUCGUCGCAUUUGCCGUGUUCAUGAUCUACAGAAUUGCUCCUCAAUAUGGCAAGCAGAAUGCGCUCAUCUACCUGUCGAUUUGCUCAACUGUCGGCUCCAUCUCUGUCAUGUCGGUCAAGGCUUUCGGAAUCGCACUCAAGCUUACCUUCGCCGGCAAUAACCAGUUUAGCCACCCUUCAACCUACGUUUUCCUGAUCUUGACGGCUGUCUGUAUCUUGACACAGAUGAACUACUUCAACAAAGCCUUGGCGUCCUUCCCAACUAAUAUUGUCAACCCUCUGUACUAUGUGACAUUUACCACUGCUACGCUCUGCGCCUCCUUCAUCUUAUUUAGCGGCUUCAACACCACGGACCCUGUCAACACGCUUUCGCUACUUUGCGGUUUCCUGGUCACCUUUACUGGAGUGUACCUGCUAAACCUUUCGCGUGGUGAUCCCAAUGGCCAAAAACUCAUUGCUGGGCGAGGUGGAUACGACGCAACUCCUACUGACAUGGUAUCCGGAUUUCAAACCCGUCGCAGCAUGCAAUCGCGGCGAAGCGGAGACCCGUCACGGCACAGCAUAGGUAGCCAUCACGGUGACCGAGAUGGCCUGAUCCGGGCAUACGACGAAGAGGAAGCCGCAGGGUUUGGACUCACCGAUCUCGCUGAGGAGAGCGAAGACGAUGGCAGCCACUCAAACGGCAGAGCCAAUGGCAAGAAGGAACAGUACGACAAUGCCAUUGAACUACAACCGCGGAAGUCAGCUGAAAGAUAA